AUGGCUAGGCCAUCUCUGCCCACCCUGGUGCCUCUGGGCCCUGAGUGCCUGCGCCCCUUCACCCGGGAGUCCCUGGCAGCCAUAGAACGAAGGGCAGUGGAGGAGGAGGCCCGGCAGCAGCGGAACAAGCAGAUGGAGAUCGAGGAGCCUGAACGGAAGCCACACAGGGAUCUGGAGGCCGGCAAGAGCCUGCCCCUUAUCUAUGGGGACCCCCCACCGGAGGUUAUCAGCACCCCCCUGGAGGACCUGGACCCCUACUACAGCGACAAGAAGACCUUCAUCGUGCUCAACAAGGGCAAGGCCAUCUUCCGCUUCUCUGCCACGCCUGCCCUCUACAUGCUGAGCCCCUUCAGCAUCGUCAGGCGCGGUGCCAUCAAGGUGCUCAUCCACUCGCUAUUCAGCAUGUUCAUCAUGAUCACCAUCUUGACCAACUGUGUGUUCAUGACCAUGAGCAACCCGCCUGCCUGGUCCAAGAACGUGGAGUACACCUUCACAGGGAUCUACACCUUUGAGUCCCUCAUCAAGAUCCUGGCCCGAGGCUUCUGCAUUGAUGACUUCACAUUCCUCCGGGACCCCUGGAACUGGCUGGACUUCAGUGUCAUCAUGAUGGCGUACCUGACAGAGUUUGUGGACUUGGGCAACAUCUCAGCCCUGAGGACAUUUCGCGUGCUGCGGGCCCUGAAAACCAUCACGGUCAUCCCAGGGCUGAAGACGAUCGUAGGGGCCCUGAUCCAGUCCGUGAAAAAGCUGUCGGAUGUGAUGAUCCUCACCGUCUUCUGCCUGAGCGUCUUUGCCCUGGUGGGCCUGCAGCUCUUCAUGGGAAACUUGCGGCAGAAGUGUGUGCGCUGGCCCCCACCCUUCAAUGACACCAACACCACGUGGUACAUCAAUGACACGUGGUACGGCAACGACACGUGGAACAGCCAUGAGCACUGGGCCAGCAACUACACCUUUGAUUGGGAUGCCUACAUCAGUGACGAAGGGAACUUCUAUUUCCUGGAGGGCUCCAAUGAUGCCCUGCUCUGUGGGAACAGCAGUGAUGCUGGGCACUGCCCCGAGGGUUAUGAGUGCAUCAAGACCGGGCGGAACCCCAACUACGGCUACACCAGCUACGACACCUUCAGCUGGGCCUUCCUGGCUCUCUUCCGUCUCAUGACGCAGGACUACUGGGAGAACCUCUUCCAGCUGACCCUUCGAGCAGCUGGCAAGACCUACAUGAUCUUCUUCGUGGUCAUCAUUUUCCUGGGCUCCUUCUACCUCAUCAAUCUGAUCCUGGCGGUAGUGGCCAUGGCAUACGCUGAGCAGAACGAGGCCACCCUGGCAGAGGAUCAGGAGAAAGAGGAGGAGUUCCAGCAGAUGCUCGAGAAGUUCAAAAAGCAUCAGGAGGAGCUGGAGAAGGCCAAGGCCGCCCAGGCUCUGGAAGGUGGGGAGGCAGACGGGGACCCAGCCCAUGGCAAAGACUGUAAUGGCAGCCUGGAUACAUCGCCGGGGGAGAAGGGGCCCCCGAGACAGAGCUGCAGCGCAGACAGUGCCAUCUCAGACGCCAUGGAAGAGCUGGAAGAGGCCCACCAGAAGUGCCCGCCAUGGUGGUACAAGUGCGCCCACAAAGUGCUCAUAUGGAACUGCUGCGCCCCCUGGCUGAAGUUCAAGCACAUCAUCCACUUGAUCGUCAUGGACCCCUUCGUGGACCUGGGCAUCACCAUUUGCAUCGUGCUCAACACCCUCUUCAUGGCCAUGGAACAUUACCCCAUGACCGAGCACUUUGACAAUGUGCUCACCGUGGGCAAUCUGGUCUUCACGGGCAUCUUCACGGCAGAGAUGGUACUGAAGAUCAUCGCCAUGGACCCCUACGAGUAUUUCCAGCAGGGCUGGAACAUCUUCGACAGUAUCAUCGUCACCCUCAGCCUGGUGGAGCUGGGCCUGGCCAACGUGCAGGGGCUGUCUGUGCUCCGCUCCUUCCGUCUGCUGCGGGUCUUCAAGCUGGCCAAGUCGUGGCCCACGCUGAACAUGCUCAUCAAGAUCAUCGGGAACUCGGUGGGGGCGCUGGGCAACCUGACGCUGGUGCUGGCCAUCAUUGUGUUCAUCUUCGCCGUGGUGGGCAUGCAGCUGUUCGGCAAGAGCUACAAGGAGUGCGUGUGCAAGAUCUCCGCGGACUGCAGCCUGCCGCGCUGGCACAUGUACGACUUCUUCCACUCCUUCCUCAUCGUCUUCCGCAUCCUGUGCGGGGAGUGGAUCGAGACCAUGUGGGAUUGCAUGGAAGUGGCCGGCCAGCCCUUGUGCCUCACUGUCUUCCUCAUGGUCAUGGUCAUUGGCAACCUUGUGGUCCUCAACCUGUUCCUGGCUCUGCUUCUGAGCUCCUUCAGUGCUGACAGCCUGGCGGCCUCAGACGAGGAUGGCGAGAUGAACAACCUACAGAUCGCCAUCGGACGCAUCAAGUGGGGCAUCGGCUUUGCCAAGGCCUUCCUCCUGGGGCUGCUGCAUGGCAAGAUCCUGAGCCCCAAGGAAAUAAUGCUCAGCCUCGGGGAGCCUGGGGGUGCCAAGGAGACUGAAGAGGCCGGGGAGAGUGCCCCCGAGGACGAGAAGAAGGAGCCACCACCCGACGAGGGUGACCAGGAACUGAAAAAGGACAAUCACAUCCUGAACCACGUAGGCCUGGCUGAUGGCCCUCCCUCCAGCAUCGAGCUGGACCACCUCGACUUCAUCAACAACCCGUACCUGACCAUCCAGGUGCCCAUCGCCUCCGAGGAGUCCGAUCUGGAGAUGCCCACGGAGGAGGAGACCGACACCUUCUCAGAGCCUGAGGACAGCAAGAAGCCGCCACAGCCCCUCUACGAUGGAAACUCCUCCGUCUGCAGCACAGCCGACUACAAGCCCCCCGAGGAGGACCCCGAGGAGCAGGCCGAGGAGAACCCCGAGGGGGAGCAGCCUGAAGAGUGCUUCACCGAGGCCUGUGUGCAGCGCUGCCCCUGCCUCUACGUGGACAUCUCCCAAGGCCGGGGGAGGAUGUGGUGGACCCUCCGCAAGGCCUGCUUCAAGAUUGUCGAGCACAACUGGUUUGAGACCUUCAUUGUCUUCAUGAUUCUGCUCAGCAGUGGAGCCCUGGCCUUCGAGGACAUCUACAUCGAGCAGCGGCGAGUGAUCCGCACCAUCCUGGAGUACGCCGACAAGGUCUUCACCUACGUCUUCAUCCUGGAGAUGCUGCUCAAGUGGGUGGCCUACGGCUUCAAGGUGUACUUCACCAACGCCUGGUGCUGGCUCGACUUCCUCAUCGUGGACGUCUCCAUCAUCAGCCUGGUGGCCAACUGGCUGGGCUACUCAGAGCUCGGACCCAUCAAAUCCCUGCGGACGCUGCGGGCACUGCGUCCCCUGAGGGCACUGUCCCGAUUUGAGGGCAUGAGGGUGGUGGUGAACGCCCUCCUGGGAGCCAUCCCCUCCAUCAUGAACGUGCUGCUCGUCUGCCUCAUCUUCUGGCUCAUCUUCAGCAUCAUGGGCGUCAACUUGUUUGCUGGCAAGUUCUACCACUGCAUCAACACCACCACCUCCGAGAGGUUCGACAUCUCCGAGGUCAACAACAAGUCCGAGUGCGAGAGCCUCAUGCACACGGGCCAGGUCCGCUGGCUCAAUGUCAAGGUCAACUACGACAAUGUGGGUCUGGGCUACCUCUCCCUCCUGCAGGUGGCCACCUUCAAGGGCUGGAUGGACAUCAUGUAUGCAGCCGUGGACUCCCGGGAGAAGGAGGAGCAGCCGCAGUACGAAGUGAACAUCUACAUGUACCUGUACUUCGUCAUCUUCAUCAUCUUCGGCUCCUUCUUCACCCUCAACCUCUUCAUCGGCGUCAUCAUCGACAACUUCAACCAGCAGAAGAAGAAGUUUGGAGGGAAAGACAUCUUCAUGACAGAGGAACAGAAGAAAUACUAUAACGCCAUGAAGAAGCUUGGCUCCAAGAAGCCUCAGAAGCCAAUUCCCCGGCCCCAGAACAAGAUCCAGGGCAUGGUGUACGACUUGGUGACAAAGCAGGCAUUUGACAUCACCAUCAUGAUCCUCAUCUGCCUCAACAUGGUCACCAUGAUGGUGGAGACGGACGACCAGAGCCAGCUCAAGGUGGACAUCCUGUACAACAUCAACAUGGUCUUCAUCAUCAUCUUCACGGGCGAGUGCUUGCUCAAGAUGCUCGCCCUGCGCCAGUAUUACUUCACCGUUGGCUGGAACGUCUUUGACUUUGUGGUUGUCAUCCUGUCCAUUGUGGGCCUGGCGCUCUCCGACCUGAUCCAGAAAUACUUCGUGUCACCCACGCUGUUCCGUGUGAUCCGCCUGGCGCGGAUCGGGCGUGUCCUGCGGCUGAUCCGCGGGGCCAAGGGCAUCCGGACGCUGCUGUUCGCCCUCAUGAUGUCGCUGCCCGCCCUCUUCAACAUCGGCCUCCUCCUCUUCCUGGUCAUGUUCAUCUACUCCAUCUUCGGCAUGUCCAACUUUGCCUACGUCAAGAAGGAGUCGGGCAUCGAUGACAUGUUCAACUUUGAGACCUUCGGCAACAGCAUCAUCUGCCUCUUCGAGAUCACCACGUCGGCUGGCUGGGACGGGCUCCUCAACCCCAUCCUCAACAGCGGGCCCCCGGACUGCGACCCCACGCUGGAGAACCCGGGCAGCAGCGUCAGGGGGGACUGCGGCAACCCCUCCAUCGGCAUCUGCUUCUUCUGCAGCUACAUCAUCAUCUCCUUCCUCAUCGUGGUCAACAUGUACAUCGCCAUCAUCCUGGAGAACUUCAACGUGGCCACGGAGGAGAGCAGCGAGCCCCUCAGUGAGGAUGACUUCGAGAUGUUCUACGAGAUGUGGGAGAAGUUUGACCCCGACGCCACGCAGUUCAUCGCCUACAGCCUCCUCUCGGACUUCGUGGACACCCUGCAGGAGCCGCUGCGGAUCGCCAAGCCCAACAAAAUCAAGCUCAUCACGCUGGACCUGCCCAUGGUGCCAGGGGACAAGAUCCACUGCCUGGACAUCCUCUUUGCCCUGACCAAGGAGGUUCUGGGCGACUCUGGGGAGAUGGACACCCUCAAGCAGACCAUGGAGGAGAAGUUCAUGGCGGCCAACCCCUCCAAGGUCUCCUACGAGCCCAUCACCACCACCCUCAAGAGGAAGCACGAGGAAGUGUGCGCCAUCAAGAUCCAGAGGGCCUACCGCCGGCACCUGCUGCAGCGCUCCGUGAAGCAGGCGUCCUACAUGUACCGCCACAGCGGGGACAGCGGCGGGGGCGGCGCCCCCGAGAAAGAGGGGCUGAUCGCCAGCACCAUGAGCAAGAUGUAUGGCCACGGGAACGGGAACAGCAGUGUGCAGAGCGAGGCGGGGGACACCGGGUCUGCUGUGGGGCUCAUGCCCAUUGGCCCCUCAGACACUGCCCUGCCUCCUGCCCCGCCACUGGGGCAGACAGUGCGCCCAGGGGUCAAAGAGUCUCUUGUCUAG